GUAUUCUUACUUGGAUUAAAAGAAAAUUGUACUUCACGAGUUGAAUCACAAUCCUUGUCGCUGAAGGAAGGACAGCCAAGUUAAGGGUUGCAACUAAGAAGAGAAGAUACAGAGUUUUGGGAAAGUAGGAUGUCAGCUAAAUCGAUAUUGAGCAGUUUGUUGCUGGCGCUGCAACUCUGCCUUGGGUUUUGGGAGAUCGGAAAGCUGACCCCUGUUGGGGCGCUCAUACAAUGCGGAAUUGGCUGGUUGCUAAGUCUGUGCCGCUUACCUUUGGGCCUCUCUGCAGACUAUGCUCGGCUGAAACGUUUUGAAGGUCGUGUGUACAAGACUGUGCGUUGCCAUGUGACCAUCCCACCAGAUCAGCCGACGGUGCAAAGGCAAGGACGGUUGGACGAGACUCAGAAAAACUCAUCGUAUUUGGGUGAGGAGUUUCAUCUAAAGAAAGAAGGAGAAAAUAAGCUGUAUCUCAAUGGGAAAAUGUGUUACUACAUCACUGAUACAAUCUGGUAUGCCUUGCUGGACUUCGCAGAAGCCGCCCCCGUUACUGUGUUUCUGAAAGGGUAUAAAGAAUUCUGGCAACAGGUAGCCACAGGCGGUGUGAUGACCUUAUCAGAUGUGCUUGAUUGUUUAAGACUGGAAAACCAUACCGUCAAAAUUCUAGACAACGAUCUGCUUUUGCCUGUAAAUUUGUCAAUUUCCGAGGAGAAAAUUCUAAAGGCUAUAAACCUGGUAGGACUGUUUCUGCAAACGAGGCAAGUAUAUUGGCUGCUUCCUAUACUCUUGAGCUUUACGGCAGCACUGUUGGAGUUCAGCAUAGCAGUGAGAGCAUGGGUGUAUGGCAAGAUCAAUCUAUACUUCUGCUGGGUCAUGCAUUUCAUAUGUGACCGACUGCCUCGUUCAAUGAGGAGGGAGGUGUACUCCCUGGGAAACUGGGUGGAAAAUUUGAAGCCCUCCAAUGAUCUAAAGCUCAGAAUUGUAAGAGGCGAGACGAUCGCAGUCAUUGGUGGAGGAGCAAAAGUGCAGAAAGACGAUGCUGCUUUGUUCGAGGAAGGGGAUUUUGAAUGGUCGCGCUUGGAAGGAGAAAUGCCCAUUACCAUUCCUUGUGGCAAAAUUGAUCCUGACUAUAGUCCAAUUGACAUCGAAUGCUGGUUUGACCCAGUGAAGGGGAAAUGCCACUUGCGUGCAACCACGGUGGCUCUAGCUGAUGUGGAUUGUAACACGGACGAAUUUGCCAGGCUUUACAAGUUUCUGUUUUGCGUGGCGAAGAAUCGUUCGGGUUCACUGAAAUCUUGCGACUCCCAUAGAAAGGAGGAUGGUCGUGGGUCCAGAGGCUUUCUGGCUUGCGUGGCGAAGAUUUGUUCGGGUUCAUUGAAAUGUUGUGCUUCCAAGGAUAAGGUGCAUUUUCGUGGGUUUAGAGACUCUGUUGCCUGUUAUUCCAAAAAUGGGUUUCCACCUGUAUAUGAACUCAAAUUGGACAACGUAAUCGUUGAGUGAAGUCGUGUGAAACCAGGUACCUUGAUGGAGCACAUGGAGUACUUGGAUUCCGUGAUGGUAUAUGUGCUAGAGGGAUUGUUCUCUUAUUCAUGUUGUGGUUUCUUUUUGCCCCUUAUGUAAUGUAUACAAGUGGGAG